AUGUCGUUUAAGAAGGAUCUAGUGCUGCUACUAAAACCCUAUUACUGGGUUAACAUUCUGAUGAGCAUUUCGUACAUCGCCGCAAAACGAGCACCGUUCAUUUGCAACUAUUUAUGGACUUAUCUGUUUCAACAAGAGGACCAAUGCGAACUCGAUGGGCGCGAAACGGAGAUCCUGUUCUUCCUACUGAUCGUGGUCAUGAUCCGGACGAGAAAAACGGGCAGCGUGACGAUGAUUAACUAUCUUACGUCCAGCUUCAUGUACACCAAGAUAGCGAACUUGGGCCUGUGGUUCUACAACGAUAUCCGGCUGGGCAUGAUCUACUUCGUGUUUUUCAUUCUGGUGGCUCUUCUCCUGCCAGAGCCAACCUACACCGGGCCGGAGAAUGUGUUGUACUUCCGCACCGAGAACGGAUUGGAGGAGGAGCUGGAGAAAGACAAGCGCGUAACCUGGCUGGUAACGUUUUACACGGUAUGGAAUCCGGCGUGUGUGAAUUUUGCUCCCAUCUUUUCGGAACUGUCGAACGAGUACGCGCUUUCGAACCUGAAAUUUGGGAAGCUGGACAUCGGACGAUUCCCGAAGAUUGGGGAAAAAUACCACGUUUCGGACAGUUCCUUCAGUCGUCAGCUACCCACCGUGAUCCUGUUUCGCCAAGGCAAGGAGGUGGCUCGCCGGCCCUAUGCAGAUAGUAAAGGCAAGCUGGUGAAGUUCUUCUUCUCUGCCGACAACGUUAAAGCUGCAUUUGAUUUAAACAAUCUGUACAAGGAAUGUAAAGAUAAUCCGAUCAAGGCAAUCAAAUCGGUAGCAGAAAAGAAGAAGGACUAGUACGGGUCAAAGCAGAAGACGGUCACAUUCAUACUGCAAGAUACAUUUGGUGGCAUUUUAGUAAAGAGUGUCGUGGUCUGAUAGGGAUUAUCUUAUCGGCAUGGUCAUCGUUUGAACGCAGACAGCUAAUUAAACUCAAAGUGAACACAAGCACGUGUUGAUCGCUACUGUAGGAAUUAUUUAUCCGUCUAUUAGGUUAAAUUUGUGCAAAGCAACUAUGCUAAAAACAAGACAUGGCAGGUGGAGAAGCUGUCUUCAAUCUUUAAUUUAUACCAAGCGCACAUCCACGAAUACACGAUUUUAAUUUGUUUAAGUGUUGUAGUUUUCAUAAGCAUACUUGUACCACGCGAAUAGUCAAAUAAAACCAAAAGUUGUAGUUACAA